UUGUUUCUUCCCCAUUUAGCAACCCAUACACAAUCGGAACUCAGUGCGGUUUCCACUUGCCUUGGUUCCUAAGAUUCAUGUUAGUUACGGCGGUGUGGUGGAUUUCUGUUUGCCCGUUUUCUUCUAAACACGUCAAUUUGAGGUCGAAAGUGUUUCAAGAAUGCUGGUGAAAUGUGGAGGAGUUUAGGGUUUGAGGCGCAGCAUCUCGAUCGCAAAAUGUGGCUUAAUUGCGAUAUCAGUUGAUAGGUGAACUUGAUCUCUUCAGAUUCACCGGAGGUUCGAGUUUGUUCGCUCUAAAUUUAGGUGAUUUUUGUUCUCUUUUAUUGUUUUAAGUUUAGGGUUUAUUGAUCCGAGGUGAUAAAACUGCAAAAGGGUUUACUUUCUGAAUCUGGGUACAUCCAGUUCUGCUUGUUUCGCUGGGUUUUUAUAGAUUAUUUUUGGGUUUCAUUUGCUGGAGGGAGAUACGGGUUUAAGAGAUUUUUGGGUCUUAUGAAGUUCUUUGUGCCGUUCCUUUUCUGGGUAUUGUUGCUAUUGUAGGAUGAAGAGGGUUAAAGGUGAACCUCCUAAUGCUAGGAGGUGCAAGUUGUCUCAUUUCCUAUUUGGUAUAGCAGUAUUGUACUUGGUCUUCAUUGCAUUUAAAUUUCCACAUUUUUUGGAAAUAGCGGCAAUGUUGAGUGGGGAUGAUACUUAUAUUGGAUUGGAUGGGAAAUUGAUGGAGGAUACCAGUGAGGCAGAUUUAAACAGACCAUUAUUUUCUGUUUACAAGGAUGCAUUUCACCGAAAGUUGGAAGAUAACCAGAAAGAUGCACCUUUGAUGCCUAACAAGGGACCUUUGGAGGAGGUGAAAGGUGGGUUGCAGCCAUUAAAGCCACUUCAGCACCGAUAUGGUCGAAUAACAGGUGAGAUUAUGCGACGAAGAAAUAGAACUAGUGAGUUGUCAGUGCUUGAGAGAAUGGCAGAUGAAGCUUGGACAUUGGGAUUAAAGGCCUGGGAAGAAGUGGAUAAGUUUGAUGGAAAGGAGAUUGGACAGAGUUCCAUGUAUGAGGGGAAGCCUGAGUCUUGCCCUUCAUGGUUAUCAGUGAGUGGAGAAGAAUUGUCAAAUGGAGACAGAUUAAUGUUCCUUCCUUGUGGUCUUGCUGCUGGUUCUUCUAUUACAGUUGUGGGAAGGCCACAUUAUGCUCAUCAGGAGUUUGUGCCACAGCUUGCCAGGAAGAGGUUUGGUGAUGGCACCGUCAUGGUUUCACAUUUUACAGUUGAAUUGCAAGGACUAAAGUCUGUUGAUGGUGAGGAUCCACCAAAGAUCUUGCAUUUGAAUCCUCGAUUAAGAGGAGAUUGGAGUCAUAGACCAGUCAUUGAGCACAACACAUGCUACAGAAUGCAAUGGGGUACAGCACAGAGAUGUGAUGGUUUACCAUCCAUGGAUGAUGAUGAUGUUCUUGUUGAUGGAUAUCGAAGAUGUGAAAAAUGGAUGAGAAAUGAUAUUGUAGACUCAAAAGAGUCCAAGACAGCUUCAUGGUUCAAAAGGUUCAUAGGACGGAAGCAGAAACCGGAAGUUACUUGGCCAUUUCCUUUUGUAGAGGGCCGGUUGUUUAUAUUGACCCUGCGUGCUGGUGUUGACGGAUUCCAUAUUAAUGUUGGGGGUCGACACAUUACAUCAUUUCCAUAUCGGACGGGUUUUACACUUGAAGAUGCAACAGGAUUAGCAAUAAAAGGAGAUGUGCAUGUUCAUUCUGUUUAUGCAACAUCUCUUCCUUCAUCUCAUCCAAGUUUCUCGCCUCAGAGAGUACUUGAAAUGACUCCAAAAUUGAAAGCUCCUCUUCUGCCUAAGAGCCCUAUUAAACUCUUUAUUGGUGUUCUUUCUGCUACCAAUCACUUUGCUGAACGCAUGGCAGUGAGAAAAACUUGGAUGCAAUCUUCAAUGAUCAAAUCCUCAGAAGUGGUAGUUCGUUUCUUUGUUGCAUUGAACCCAAGGAUGGAGGUGAAUAUAGUGCUGAAGAAGGAGGCUGCUUAUUUUGGUGAUAUUGUGAUUUUACCAUUUAUGGACCGAUAUGAGCUUGUGGUUCUUAAAACCAUUGCUAUUUGCGAGUUUGGGGUUCAGAAUGCAACAGCUGCUUACAUCAUGAAAUGUGACGAUGACACAUUUGUAAGAGUGGAAACUGUCUUGAAAGAAAUUGAAGGAAUCUCUCCCAAAAAGUCCCUCUAUAUGGGUAAUCUUAACCUCUUACAUCGUCCCUUGAGAAGUGGAAAAUGGGCAGUUACUUAUGAGGAAUGGCCAGAAGCGGUGUAUCCUCCUUAUGCAAAUGGACCUGGAUAUAUAAUUUCCAGUGAUAUUGCUAAAUAUAUUGUCUCACAACAUGGCAACAGAAGAUUAAGGCUUUUCAAGAUGGAGGAUGUGAGCAUGGGAAUGUGGGUUGAACAAUUCAACAGUUCCACACCCGUCCAGUAUUCCCACAACUGGAAAUUCUGUCAAUAUGGCUGCAUGCAGGACUAUUUUACCGCUCAUUACCAAUCCCCAAGGCAGAUGAUCUGCCUCUGGGACAAGCUGGCGAGAGGUCAGGCACAUUGCUGUAACUUUAGAUGAUGUCUUAAAUAGGUAGCACCCUCUUCCUCUUCCCCACCACCCUGUGCCAUCAUUUACGCCUGCCAAAUUUUGCCUAUUGAAGUCAGCUCCAGAGAUGCGGCUGUGUUGAGUUAUAGCCCUCUUUUUUACAAGAGGCAGAUCGAUUCUCCUUGUAACCUGUCAUAUCUGAUAUGUAGGUCAUCACAAUUUGACUUGAAUCGGAAAAAGGCAAUGCUAAUUGUAGAAAUAUGUUGGCACCCAGGAGCUUGGUGCAAUUUGAAAUGAACCUUCUCUUCCUUGGUUGCAAAACCUCUGUUAAUUGU